UUGAUCUAGAAAUUAUAUUAUGUAGUCCGGUGAACUGCGCCGAAUACUUGUGAUAGUGUCAUUGUUAAUACCUUUUGUUUCUUUGUGAUUUCGCGACGAUACGGACGUGGAGAUAACAAAUUCUUGUUUACCGUUUUAAGCGAGUCUUUAUUACAGUCGCUUUCGUGGUUCUCAAGCCUCAAGGUUUGAUUAGAAAAAACAACAAGUUGGAUUCUUUUUGUGUGUAUGGGUGAUUAAUCAUCAAGUUUAUAGUAAUUAUAACUCUUGUCAAUGGUGUCUAAUUGUGUAUUUGUAGGACUUUUAUCUGGCGAUGGCGACAAACAGGAGCGGUGCGGCACAGCGUCCGAACGGCGCUCCCCAAACGAAGGUGUGCCAGUUCAAGCUGGUGCUGCUCGGCGAGUCGGCGGUGGGCAAGUCGUCGCUGGUGCUGCGCUUCGUGAAGGGCCAGUUCCACGAGUACCAGGAGAGCACGAUCGGCGCCGCCUUCCUCACGCAGACCGUCUGUCUCGAUGACACCACCGUCAAGUUCGAGAUAUGGGAUACGGCGGGACAGGAAAGAUAUCACAGCUUAGCACCUAUGUACUACAGGGGCGCGCAAGCGGCCAUCGUCGUAUAUGAUAUUACUAAUCAGGACACAUUCGGGCGCGCCAAGAACUGGGUAAAGGAGCUCCAGCGGCAAGCGUCACCGUCCAUAGUGAUAGCGCUGGCCGGCAACAAGAGCGACCUCGCCGCCAAGCGCAUGGUCGAGUUCGAGGAGGCGCAGGCCUACGCCGACGAGAACGGCCUGCUCUUCAUGGAGACCAGCGCCAAGACCGCCAUGAACGUCAACGACAUAUUCUUAGCUAUCGCGAACAAGUUACCAAAGAGCGAGGGCGGCGGCGCGGGCGCGAUGGGCGCGCGGCGGCUCGGGGACGCCGAGCAGCCGCGCUCCUCCUCCUGCUGCAAGUGAUACCGCAACACUCACUCGACACAAUCGCCGUUAGGUGCGGGCGUGCGCGCGGGGCGAGGUAUGUAGCAGGCACAGCCGCCAGCUCCCGCCGGACAUACACACACAGCUGGUCCUACUUAGCGAGCUUUACGAGGACAACACCCACAAGCGGAAAACAAUAUUAUACAUCUAGGAAAAAAACUCUACGCCUCGUAAAAAAAACAUUAUUUAGCCUCCAAGAUUACAUUCUCAUCGCAUACCUGCUAAUCUUCUCCAAAUUAGCUAGAGUUUCGUCUCGCGAGGCAGUCUAGGCUCUAUACACUACGUAUAACUAUUUACUUCCCGCAAUAUUAUUCUACGAAACUAGCGCGCCUCGCGACUCGGCCUCCCGAUACAAGUGUGUCUGUACGUCCGCGCGGGCUGCGUCAAAACAUUAUAUUAUAUUUAAAAAAAAACAAGCUAAUUAUAAAAAAUGAUAACUAGUUUUAAAACUUAUUUGUAACUGUAAUGAGAAAUGUAAUAAAAAUGAUUAUAAUUACUUUCGUUUGUAUCAAGUUAGCAGUGCACUGUGCCGUAGGGUUACUUAACGAGAUUCCUUCGUUCUAGCAGUAAUUGAGCUUGUGUUAAACAAUAAAACAUUAAGAAAUAUACUUCAGUUGGGGGACUGUGUAGGACUCACGGACCAGAUGAAUUCGUUCUUGGCUACAUACCCUUAACUCACCUCCUUUACCGGGCUAAGGAUGUCUUGUGCCCAUAACAUAACUCUUUCUUCUUUUUAAUUUAAAUCGAGAUCAAUGGUAUUACUAUUUCUCCAGCUAAAGUAUAUUGCGUUUGAAAUAGAAGCGUUUAAUGUCAAAAUUAAUUGGUGAAGGUGCAUUUACAUUCGUGUAUCGUUAGAUAUACAUUUAAUAUUAUUUCAUCCAUCAGUUCACGUCAGUGUGGCGAUCAACAACACAACUUAUAUUUACAUAUUAUUUUUCGUUGUUGGCAACUGUUAUAAGUAUUUAAAAUCUUUACCUCUUUUUGUGAAAGUUGUGUUUGUUGUUCGCCAUAAUAAUUAGCUUGCAUCAUUUAAUAAUAUUCUUUUACUUAUAAAUGUUAUCUUUAGUGUAUAUUUUCGUUGUAUGUAUUUCGUUAAAUUUGUAUAAUAAAUGAUUUUUACUGUCUAAAACGUGUCUUCAACCCGAAAACAUGUUACGCUUCGUAAACUAUUGUAAUUUUAUAUAAACACUAGAGUAACAUUUAUAAGUGUGAAGUUUAAGUAGGUAGCGUGGCGCCCGCCUCUCGGCCGGAGCCUCCUCACUCACCUGUCGCUACGCGUAUGUUCCUAGACAUUUCAAUACACUCGGCGACGUGCUCCCAACACAACAUGACUAAUGGGAAACUCCCAUUACUAUGUCACUGUUGGGAAUACAACUCCAAGUGAAGGAACCCUUGA